GGAAUUAGCAACAAGCCUAAAGCCUGACUUUGAAAGGCCUUUUCACAAAGAACCAAGAUAAGUUCUCAAAUUGUGCGCCACACACAGUGCAUACAGAUAUGAUUUGAUGUUUGAUUAAUUAACAAAGAUAACAACCUGAAAUGUAUCUAAAUCGAAAUACACAAAUCGUCGUCAAGAAAAGAAACCGGAGCACCAAACAACAGCAACUGAAAGACAAGAAGAAUGAUCUGGCACUUAGGGCAUUGGACUAGAAUGCAAAAAGAUACUUUCAUGUCAUCUAUAAAUUUCCUAUGCACAUUUGGGCAUCCAGAAGGUGUCAAAGCAAAGCUGCCAUAUAUCUCCCAGGAGAAGCUGUGUUUCCAGAAGGAGCCACUGCAAAGAUACCACAUUAAAUAGAAUAACCAGGACAAACAUUAACAUGGCUGGAAUGGCAAUUCAGUUACUAGGCUUCUUUCUAAGUCUUCUCGGUCUGGCUGGAACAAUAACUGCAACUAUUUUGCCUCACUGGUGGAAGACAGCACACGUGGGAACCAACAUUAUCACUGCUGUGGCAUACAUGAAGGGUCUUUGGAUGGAAUGUGUUUGGCACAGCACUGGGAUCUACCAGUGCCAGCUCCAUCGUUCUCCGCUUGCUUUGCCUCGUGACCUGCAAGCAGCUCGUGCCCUGAUGGUGAUUUCCUGUGUUCUUUCAGUCUUGGCAUGUAUGGUCUCAGCCAUUGGCAUGAAGUGCACCCAAUGUGCCAAAGGGUCCUCUGUCAAAAAUGUAAUCGCCAUCUUGGGUGGAAUCCUUUUUAUUCUGGCUGGGCUUAUUUGCCUGAUCCCUAUUUCUUGGUCAACUAGUGAUGUGGUGACAGAUUUCUACAACCCUAUGCUGCCCAAUGGGAUGAAGUAUGAGAUUGGGCAAGCCCUUUACAUUGGCUUUGUCUCUGCUUCCUUGAAUAUAAUUGGUGGAGCUAUCCUGUGUGCUUCCUGCCAGCGUACUAGGAGCAACGUAGUUCACCACCCACACUCAAGGACAGCAAGGGCAGCUCCCUCCUAUCGACCACCAGCAGUUCUCAAGGCAAACCAUACUUCAUCACUAACAUCUGCGUCCCGCAGUGGUUACAGGUUAAAUGACUACGUGUGAUUCAUUGAUUUCAUUUGUAUGUUGCUAUUUAUUUAUCAUGUACGUAGAUGUGAUAAACAAAUGUCUCUUUAUUCUCACAAUAUUUGCCACAGUUUUCCUUCACAUGUAAAAAUGUGUUAUAUUGAAAAGGUUGCUUUGAAACUAGAAAUCAACAAAAGUAUUAAUAUUUCAGACAAUGCAAUCUUCAUGUUAUGGAAUUAAGAGGGGGUAUAAAAGUUAACUUCUGCUGUGCAUAUUUUGUUUACACUUUUAAGUAUUUAAAUGUGUCCAUACUCAUAUAAAUAAUAAACAUAAAAUUACAAUCUUAAUCUUGUCCUAUAAUAAACAUUGCUAUAAUAGCUCACUAAC